UGUGCACAUCUCACUCCAUCCCUCACCCUGACUAGCCACAGGGUUUGUUCUCACUGAGUUGUUUACACGGAGCUGUAAUGAUGAGUGUGUCAUAGGACAUUCCUCUGGUCUAUUGUGGAGCCAUUCAAACCAGCAGCAGGGAGCAAUUAGGCUGGAUACCCAACAAGGCUGCUGAAUACAAAGCUCUGCCUGGACUAUCCCGCUGAUGAAUGGAUUUUAUUCUGUGUGUGGUUUACCUUUAUAGAGAAGCUGCUCACUGAAAACCAAAAGCUAGUUUCCACGCUAGAAUUUUACACUCUGAAAAGCACAAAGAGCAGCUGGAAGGCUUGUUACUUGGUUAGAAGAGCAAAACUGCACAUCUUGGAUCCACUGAAAGAACAGGUUGAAAUCUUCACCGAAGACCAUUUAAAGUCUGUUUCUGCUCAAUUAUUGGAAUAACAUCUUAAUUGUAGCCAUGUGUUAACUGUGCAAUCACUGUAGAGAGGAACAUAACUGCUGAAAUACCUUGUUGGAUUUCUACUAAAUACCACAACAUUCCUAUUAUUUCACCAAUCCCACAUUUUGCAGAUCAGAAAUCUUUGGUGGAUCUAAAACGUGUUUCUUAAUGUUGUAACAUGAACCUCUCAUAGUGGAUAUGCCUGUCAUGCAUACAAUGGGAAGCCCAGAAUGUGGCUUGUCCCGAUCUGCUUUACAAACCCUCUCCAGGAGCCACUGCAGAAACAUCAAACAGAAGAUCUCACAAUGGGAAGUACGGACUAUCUCUGGGUCAUGCGGAGAUCUUUUGGAUGAAAAGCCACAAAAAUCUUCUACUAUUCACAGUGCACUUACAAAGUCAACCGUGGAUGGUUUGGACAAUAGGAAAUGUGGUUUGAACCACAAUAAAAACUUGGGACUGGAUUUCAGGGAAGGAAACCGUUGCAAAGUUUAUGAUGGCGAAAAUAACAGGUUGGUCGCAGAAGACCCAGAAAGCCCGUCUUCUAUUUAUGAACAACGGUUUUUAGACCCGGACAUGGACCUUCCCCCAGGGAAUUUUUACACCUCUGCGGGUAUGUUCAAAAAAAGUAACUGCAUUUCAGAAGAAGACUUGACAGCCAUGGUAAUGGAAUUUAAAAGAAAGAGAGGGAGAAGCAUUUCAACGGACAAGGAACUUGAUUUGAGAGGUUUAACUAAUCAAAUGUCUGCCAUGAAGAGUAUGGAAAAUAUUUAUUACGAAUCAGGGCCUAUAAACAAUGCUCCAUCAAUAAACCCUAUUCCCAAACCCCGAAGGACAUUUCGUUAUUCCACAGAUUAUCGCCAUGAAGAGCGUAAGAGCAACCAUCACAGAAGGAGACAGUCAGUGGACGAGAGUGACACAGAGUCUUCAGAUCCUUCUGCUCCUCCACCUACGCCAAAAAAGACUGGGAACCGGAAACUGAGACCAAGGUCAAAGAGGAAAUCAUUUGAAUUUGAAGACGUUCAGACUUUCAGGCGUUUUCUACAAAAUGCAAACCAUCCACAGAUUUCAGAAGACCCUGGUGAACACUCAAGAUCUACAGUUUAUCAGUCUGUGUCUGAAGAAAAUAUCUAUGAGGAUGUUAUGUAUCCAGUCAAAGAGCACCCAUAUGAAGAUAUUAAAAUCUCGCCCAUGCCUUUAUGGAGGGUACCGUCUACAUGGAAAUUACCACCUCCAAGAUGUACCAUCAAACCUCCUAAGUUGCCAUCUAAACCAAACUUUUUAAAACGGCAAACUCUGGAACUCAAAAGCACCAAAUUGUAUCUUCACAAGAAGGCCCCAAAAGACUCCACUCUGCCUGUUACCCUAAUGGAGUGGAAGAUGUUCAAAGGAGGAGGCGGAGGAGAAACUGCCAAAAAGAGAAAAAAAUUUCCAAGGCUGGUGAUGAAAAUACAAGACAUAUUUGAUGCUAAACGAGGGAAAAAAAGGGUUAAGGUUCAGACCUAUGCAGGCCAUGACACUGCGUCAUCCAAAGGGGAUGCCAGUGAAACAGAAAGUGAAACAGAUGAUCGACAAAAAAGACACCACAAGCGUUUGGCUCAUGCGCAAAGCUCAUUAAAGAGGAACCCUCAUUAUCAGACACUGGAGAGGGACCUCAUUGAGUUUCAGGAGCAGCAACUUUUUGAGCUCUUCGUGGUAGUUUCCUUACAGAAAAAACCUUCUGGAGAUAGCUAUAUUCCAUAUGUUACUCAACAGUAUCCCAAUAAGAAUGAUCAGCCCCUUAAGCAGUCGAAAGACACAGAAGAAAGGCUUAAAGUCAUACCAAAGUUUUGUUUCCCAGACUCCAAAGACUGGGCUCCCACUGCUGAUUCUAAAAGUGAAACCUUUUCUUUUGUUCUCACUGGGGAAGAUGGAAGCAGAUGGUUUGGCUACUGUAAAAAGCUUCUGCCACAGGGAAAAGGAAAGCGACUGCCUGAAGUGUACUGCAUGGUCAGUCGAUUAGGCUGCUUUAAUCUAUUUUCAAAGAUACUGGAUGAAGUAGAGAAAAGAAGGGAAAUGUCACCAGCUCUUGUCCCUCCGUUUAUGCGUAGUGUCAUGGAGGCUCCUUUCCCUGCACCUGGACGUACAAUAACUGUGAAAAACUUCCUGCCGGGUUCAGGAAAUGAGGUCAUAGAGCUAUGCAGACCUAUGGACUCCCGGUUGGAACAUGUUGAUUUUGACUGCCUCUUUAACUGCCUCAGUGUACCUCAUCUCCUCAAGGUGUUUGCCUCACUACUACUUGAAAGAAGAGUUAUCUUUGUAGCCGACAAUCUCAGUACGUUGUCCAAGUGUGCUCAUGCCGUAGUUGCCUUGCUCUACCCGUUUACCUGGCAGCACACGUAUAUUCCAGUUCUACCAGCUUCUAUGAUUGACAUUGUCUGUUCGCCCACUCCUUUUCUCAUUGGCAUACUGUCUUGUUCAUUACCUCUACUGAGCGACCUACCCAUUGAGGAGGUUUUAAUAGUUGAUCUCUGUGCAAACAAGUUUCUUCAGCAGCAAUCAGAUGAAGAUGAAAUAUUACCUCACAAGCUCCAGGCUGCAUUAGUCCAGAUCUUAGAGCAGAGAAAUGACAUCAUAUAUCAUGAACAGCAUUUCACAGAAGAAGAUGUAACUCUGAACUCUCUGGUGUCAGAAGCCUUUGUGUGGUUCUUUGUGGAGAUUGUGGGACAUUACUCCUUACACAUGUAUGUGAACGAAAAGGGUCAACGGGUUUUCCAGAGAGACCCCUUCCGCAAGUCCCACACUUCCCGUAGCGUACGUCAAUUCCUUGAUAUCUUCAUGGAGACACAGAUGUUUGCAGGAUUCAGCCAAGAUCGGGAGCUCCGGAAGAGUGGGGUCAAAGGUGUUUUUGAGGUGCGAGCCAGUGAAUACUUGAAAACCCUCCCAGAAACCGAGCCCAGCAGUGUCAAUAAAUUUUUACGUGGCUUGAGUAACAAAAUGAAGUUUCUUCAGAAGAAGUGAAUGGUUGAAAGAAACUGCACAACCUUUAAACAAAUCCAUAGCGAGAGUUCUACUAUCUGCAGGAUUCUCACUAAUCUUCUGGAUGGACAGAUCCUAGCCAAAGUUAUAACUUCAUACGAAAGAGAAUUGGAAAGGAAAUAAGGAAAACCCUCUGGCUUUCUUAGAAAUUUUCGAGUACUCUGAGAAGUUAAAUGGCCAGGAAAGUUGAGAAAGAAGCAAACUGGCGUUGUAAUGUGCUAGCUGUUAAGAAGUGAUGAACUGGAGGAGCAGUCAUACAUGGACAACGGAGUUCACAUUUUGAUAUGGGCUUUCCUAAGAGUUAUGGCAUGAAACGUUGCCCGUCUUAAAUGGAAUGGGAGAAGAAAUAAAGUAUAAACAAUUAUACAUUUUUUUAUGACCAGGACUUUUAUCUGGAUCAGCAAGCUCAAACCGGAGUUUGUAACUGGAAAUAGACAGUUUCUUUCGAAAUUUACUCCUGGUUAACAUUGUUACAUUGUAAAUUCUAAAUCCUACCAUUGUGUUAUAUAGACGCACUGUGAAAUCUAUAUGAACCAAGAUAAUUUAUUACUUCUGUGUAAGUGUCAGCAACUGUGUCUCUUCCAUGAUUCUGAAACCUCAGAUUAUGUGAGGGCGUGAAUACUGUUUAGCUGCUAGUUUGUUUUGUUUUUUCCAAUAAUUUGAACAUUCAUGGAUCUCGUUGUCCAUUAAUGUCUCCUAGAUACUGUAUGGGUUAGCCUUAUGACCUGUUGUGCCACAUAUUGACCUUGACAUAGUCCAACAUAGACCAUGUUUUAUGUUUGUGGUUUAAAUAAUCAAAUUUACUGGUAAAAUUAAUUAUGCAUUUAGUUGAUUGAUUUGCAGCCAUGAGCCAGCACCAUGUGGAAGAGCUCCAGUAGUGUCCGAAUCAUAUUGAAGAGCUCCAGUGAAGGGGACAUGCAAUCUUGGCUGCUUUGGUUUCUGUUCAUUAGCAGGUAUUGCAUGGCAUUCUGGGAAUUUUAUGGAAACAUGCCAUGUUUAGAGCUUAGAGUUAAACAUAUAAAAUUGCAGAUAUUGCUCAUCAGUAUAACAGUAUCAGAAUUAUCAAAUGCUAUAAAUACAAUCAAAUUGACACACUAUCAUGGUGUAAUUUGGUUUGCAAGUCUCAAAUUGACAUAAGAGCACAAUUGCCUACAAUAAUUCACACAA